GACAGUAGUAAAAAAAAAAAAAAAAAAAAAUCUGGUAGCCAUGAAUUCCAGCUAGCUAGCCACCGACAACUGUCAGCACUCUUGAGUAAAACCAUCCAUGUCAAGACACGAGGAGGAUUUUCAAAGUCUUGUGUUGCUUCUGUGUACAUAUAGGGGCACACCAGCCUGCCUACCACCCUACUGUGAAUCGAUCCAGCUGGCUCAGUGACUAGACUAGAAGACUUUGGCACCGUUGUGUGCCAAUUGAUUUCAAGACCUAAGGAUUUCUGAAUCCAGAAGAUGAACGGUCUGUCCAUACGAGAGCUAUGCUGCCUGUUCUGCUGCCCCCCUUGCCCCAGCCGCAUUGCAGCCAAACUGGCUUUCCUCCCUCCAGAGCCCACCUAUGCUCUUCUCCCUGACCCAGAUCCAGGUUCUGGUGCUGGCACUGCGUCGGGGUCCAACUCUGGGACUGCUCUGCCCUCUCUUGGAGCCCCAGGACUGCGUUCCCGGCUGGGCACUGGCACUGGAGGGGACAGGUCAGGUGGAGGUGGUGCUGGUGGUGGAGGAGGAGGAGGAGGAGGAGGUGGGGGUGGUGGUGGUGGCAGUGGCAGUAGUGGUGGCGGCAGCGGUGGCAGUGAAGGAAGGUGGAAGCUGCAUCUGACAGAGAGAGCAGAAUUCCAGUAUUCACAGAGAGAGCUGGAUGUGACAGAUGUAUUCCUGACCAGGUCUAGCCGAGGGAACAGGGUUGGAUGUAUGUACAUUCGCUGUGCCCCCAAUGCCAGGUUUACAGUCUUGUUUUCCCACGGUAAUGCAGUAGACCUGGGGCAGAUGAGCAGCUUCUACAUCGGCUUAGGCACACGCAUCAACUGCAACAUCUUCUCCUAUGAUUACUCGGGUUAUGGUGUUAGCACUGGAAAGCCUUCUGAGAAGAACCUUUAUGCUGACAUUGAUGCCGCCUGGCACGCCCUGCGCUCUCGGUAUGGCAUCAGCCCCGAGAAUAUCAUCCUGUACGGACAGAGCAUCGGCACCGUGCCCACAGUAGACUUGGCAUCACGGUUUGAGUGUGCUGCUGUUGUCCUCCAUUCUCCUCUCACCUCAGGCAUGAGAGUGGCCUUCCCAGACACCAAGAAAACAUAUUGCUUUGAUGCCUUUCCAAACAUCGAGAAGGUGUCAAAGAUCCCAUCUCCAGUGCUCAUCAUUCACGGUACAGAGGACGAGGUGAUCGACUUCUCUCAUGGCCUCGCCCUGUUUGAGCGCUGCCCCAAGGCCGUGGAGCCCCUCUGGGUGGAGGGAGCCGGUCACAACGACAUUGAGCUUUACAGUCAGUACCUGGAGAGGCUACGGCGCUUUAUCAACCAGGACCUGGCUGCACAGCAUGCCUGAGAAACAAACAACAGCCUCUCUGCGUUAGUAUGAAUGGCACUGUAUGUGUGUGUGUAUGCAUGCAUGUGUGUGGAAAAAGAGGAUGUUAGCAUGUUUGCAAAGUAUGGAUGAGAAAUAGACCUAAAAAGGAUGUGUGAUUUUUGUCACAUCUGUGUGUCUUUGAAGCAGCACACCUUCAGGUUAAACACAAACACAACCUAUGUUCUGUUUCCUGUUUUAAAGGUGAGAACAUUUUUUAAUACGUCAUUAGCUGUGCCCAUCUAUAUGAGGCUGGUGAAACACUAAAAUCAACUGAGAUGAAGCAACUUCAGGAAUGCAGUUUUAAACGGGGGGGGAAGUUCUGAAUAGCAGCUUUAAAAUGUGCUCACUCGUUGAAGUUAAGAAGUAACAACAACGUGCUUUGUCCAAAAAGGCACACAGAUGUAAGUUUAAAGUGUGACAUGUUGGUGAAUGUGUGUGUGAUGCAAGUGUUGUGUGUAUGUGUAUAUUCAUAUCUCCAUGGACCUGUGACACCUGAAUAAUACGUGCACAUGUUUGUGUGAGCGCUGAUAGAAAUGAAGGACAUCCUGAUGACUUGGACAGCUGCGAGUGGAGGAGGCUUAUGGAGACUUAUCGAUAUUGGUGUUUUUAUUUUUUCUUUUAUUUUUGCGAGUGUAUGUAUGAAGAAUACCUCCACAGCUUGACCAGAUCUCUCUCCAGUGGACAAACGCUGGUCAAGCAUGUGCCCCUUCUCCUCCUCCACUCCUUGUUUACCUGUUAAUGGACAUCCAUCUGACUGCCAGGGCAUUUCCCAAGUUGUCCAGCUAACACUAACCUACUUUCUCUGUGUGGUUUGGGGGUCCAUCUCCUGUCCUUUGGUGUCAGUUAUGGUGGAAAUGCAAGGACUAGUCUGGAAUACUGUCAUGGCUUGUAUGGCUGUUGGGUGUCUCAUACUUUCCCUCAUUUUUGACUCUGAAGAGAUCACAGAAUGGCCAGCUUCCAUGUUAUUUCCUGGCUGUAGCCUUUCACUCUCCACAGAAUUACAGCAACAGCUUACAGGGAAUCAUUGUGAUUUCCCUGUGUUUCUCUUUCCCACCCACAUUUUUUUUGAAUGAUGGUGUGGUUGAAAUGGAAACAGGUCUUUCAGAGGCACGCUGAGAAUAUCUGUUUCUUGGACAUUUGUCAAACAGCUACCGAAGUGCAGGUCUAUUCAGUAACUUUCACAUUUCAUUAGACUGGUUGGCUUGAAACAGAAAGCUGUAGCCCUUCAGUAUGCUAAUGGGUGACUUUAAAAGUUUAGACAGAUUGCACUGGCUCGGUUACAGCAGCAAUAACUCAGAUUUAAGGAAAAGUUUGACCUUUUUUUUUUUUUUUUUUUUUUUUUUUUUUAGAAAUAUGCGUGUGUGCUCUGCUGCUGAGUGUUUGAGGAGAUUUAGACCGCUCUCAUGCAGACAUUCAGGAAGUGACUGCAACCAGACAAGAAAUAGUCCAGCACAUAACACCCCAUAAAACUGCAACAUGUCUAAUAUAAAGCAUUUAAGCUUUUACAGAGGUAAAAGGUGGAUUUUGUCACCUUUGGAGAGUGUCAGACUUGCUUUCCCCCCCAUUUCCAGUUUUUGUGCUCAGCUGGAAAUUGCUUGUCGUUGCUUCAUAUUAUGAGAGCAGUGUCAAUCUUCUCAUCUGGUCUUCAGCAAGAAAGCAAAUAAUAGCAUUUCUCAAAUGUCAAACUAUACAUUUAAGUCUGAAUUGCAGCUGCUGAGGAGGUUGUGAGUAAUUAGUUGUCUCUUCUGGUGAACAGAACCUUUUGGAGCUUUGAUGUUGUUGUUGGAUUUGGAGGUUCUAAAAGAAUAACGAGAAAAAAUAGCUGCUCAGUUCACCAAACUAAUGAGGGUUAUGUCCAUUUUAUUCAGAUUAACCAUGAGAAUCACGAUUGUUAAACUCUAGUCUUACAGCACUAUUUGUUUUCAGAGUCUUGUUCCAGUAGCACUCAUCACCACAGUUAGUCAGCCUCCUGUUCAUAUUCACCCUCAGCACAUUUUUUUCUAGCGUUUCUGUCUUGAUGUAGUUAAUUCAAACGUGUUUGUCGUAGUGUGGGGGCGUGGAUUGUUUGUCUCAGAACCAUGCGUGUCGAUGUUAUGACUAACAAUGUGAUUGAGAUCAGGUGCCAGGAUGGGACAUCAUGCCUACCAGCUCUGUUUUAACCUCUGUGGCCCUAAAUGUACAGGAGCUCUCUUAUGGGUGGCAGCACGCUUCAUGUCUGACACAAGCCAUAUUUGAGCCUCUCACUGUUGGUGUGGUGCAGGUUCCACCACACACACCUUUGCACAUCAACACACACACACACACACACGCACAUUCAGACACAACAUACACACACACAUACUGUAGUAUACAGUAUAUUUACACAUUUAUAUAUAUCAGAUCAAGCAUGACAAAAGCAGGUCUUAAGUUCAGCACUAUUGUACAAAGCAUCCAAAGUGUAAUAAGGGUAUAAAAUGUAAGUGUCUGUGUCUUCUUCAUUAUUAUUGACUGUGUUAUACAGGCCAGCAUCAAGGAUACAAGUGUCCUGUUUGGAGAAUAAGCCCUGUGUCUAGACGUGAAAAAGUACAAGAAGGAGCCCGCUGCUCAGGAGACCCGUCAGUUUCAGUGUUAGUAGCUGUGCUUUGUUAAAGGGAACAUUUACUGAACUAGCGCUGAUCUGAUUACUCCAUUUUGGGAGUCCACGUGGGCCUCAGUAAGCAGCGGAAGGUUACUGAACACCACUCACUUCCUGUCAUCAUUUUGAACAGGGAAGAUUCCCAUUCUCAUCCUGUGCUUCGUGUCUCUGAUAUUUGAAUAAUGGAAAUCUGUUACCUUCUUGAACCAGGGAUCUGAGCUGUCAGAAGAAUUGGAGAGAGUUCCUGCCUCUCUCUGGAAGUAAACCUCUUUCCUGGACAGGUUGGGUUAUCAGGGAAAACGCUGGAUCCGUAUUUCAGUCAUGGGGUCAAAGGAACAGGGUGGAAAUUUAAAGUUUUAUUGAUGCACCACUAUGGUUGACGUAUAUUGUAUCCUCUGGCCUUGAAUGUUUAUUGAUGGGGGGUGGGGCGGGGGGGCUGAACAGUGAAAACUGUAUGCAUGUCUGUUGUGUUUUGCAGAGCAAAUGAGGGGACGGGACAUUAUCUAUUGUGUAGUCUAUGUGAGGGUAAAGCUGAACUCAUGGCAUUGGAACAUUGAAGCGCUUUUUAAAAAAAAAAACGGGACAUUUAUUUGACUUUUUUUAUUGCUGAUACUAACUGAUGUAUUGUUGAGUUUUGUGCUAGAGUUUGAGUGGGACAGUGGUGGGAGGGUGGGGGGGACUAGACAAUAUUAGUGGACUGUUUAUAUGGUUACUGUACUUACCUAUUCUAUUCUUUGUAUUAUGAUUUGUAAUUUUAUGUUGUUUUGAACUGAGAAUAUGAUGUAAUGAAAUUAAUUCAUGGGACUGAAUCUUGACCUUUUUAUGGACAACAAAAUAAUAAAAGAUCACUUAUGUACAAAAACAUGAAAAA